CACAGUUGGUUGCCAUGGGAUCUACGACAAAAAACAGUUUCCCCAAAUUUCCUGGAAAAACACAUUUUCCUGGAAAAAUGGAUGUUUUCAUUGCAGAGGGGAAAACAAUUCAUAAAGCAAAUCAUUUCAUAAGCUCAUGGGAGUUCUCUCCUGUGCACGAGUAGCAGCAGAGGGAGUCACUUGUUUGGAUUAUUUGUGCCAAAGCGGGGUUUGGACUAACGUGCCCUUACGGUGGAUUACCCUGCAACCUUACAAGGCAAGUACAAGUAUGACUGCAAACACUGUACAGAAGACAGGCUGCUCAGGAUAAACAGCAUUCAAAGCUUCUGCUGUUCCAUAGAGAGGCCGUUCUUGAACCCAGGAUUGGACAAUGUCUCACACACACACACACACACACACACACAUCCAAACACACACACACGCACACACACACACACACACACACACACACACACACACCACACACACACACACACACACACACACACACACACACACACAUCCAAACACACACACACACACACACACACACACACGCAUGCACACACACCCACACACACAUCCACACACACCCACACACACAUCCACACACACACACACACACACACACACACACACACACAUAGCUUAAUUCUGCAGACACAGCAACAGCUCAAUGUCCCAUGCUCCAGUUUUAAUGGUGAAAUCAUCACUGUGACCUUGUUUUCCUGCCUAACACGGAUGCACGUGGCAACGGAACUGAGGCCGCUUUGGAACUUUGGGACAGUGUUCUCUAGUGGGUAACGCAUUCCAUUGAAUUUUCAAUGCAUUUUCACAACACCAGAAAUGACUCCACACCUUGAACUAGGUGCCUUGAAUCUAUCCCAACCAAAGAAAGUGAUUUCACACAGUAUUAAAUCUGUCAAAUCUGUCUGGCCCCAUCUAAUGGCAUUGCAUGUAUGACUUAGACAAUUGAAUGUUAAGGAUUUGGAGGCUAGUUUUAACGAGACUAUGACAGUAAACGUGGCACCCAUGAGAUGUUUCACCAUGAAUUCAUUGGCACAAUAUACAAUGACCAUAAUGCUGAGCUUAACCUCCUUACAAUCAUCAUAAGGCGUGGCCGUGCUACUGAUGUUGAAGCUUGUGCAGUACGUCAAGACAGUUUCCAUGGCUCUCUCUCUCUCCCUUUCCCUCCAUCCCUCCGACUCUCCCCCUCCCUCCUUCUCCCUCUCUCUCCUUCUCCCUCUCCUCCCUCCCUGUCUCUCUCUCACUCCCUCCUCUCCCCCUCCCUCCCUCCCUCUCUGUGUCUUUCGCUCCCUUUCCCUUCCUCUAUGUGUGGGUGGACAAAGUUAAUUCUGAGAAAGAAUGUGUUUUUCAGUUAAAUGACAAUGUGUGUGUGUGUGUGUGUGUGUGUGUGGUCAGAGGGAUGAGGAGUGGUGGUGGCAGAAAAGCUAAGCUGUGACAUCAGGAAGAGAAAGCAAGCACGGUUUUCUCCAUUGCAACAAUCAACAGACUUCCUUUCCCCCCCCGAGGUGGAAGAUGCCCUUCAUUAAGGACAGGCAGAAAGCGGAGGACAUUUCAGCGGUGUACGAGCUGAAGGAAAAACUGGGAGAAGGCUCCUUCUCAGAGGUGUGGGUGGCUCAGCAUCGCCACUCUCAGAGGCUUGUAGCUGUCAAGUGCAUCCACAAGAGGGCGCUGAAGGGAAAAGAGGCUUUGUUGGAGAACGAAAUCGCUGUGCUUCGCAAGGUCCACCAUCAGAACAUCGUCUCUCUGGAGGAAACCUUCGAAACGCCAGCAAAGCUUUAUCUGGUGAUGCCUCUAAACAGACUGUGCCCCAGCGCGGUCCAGCUUACUGCCCUGUGCUGCUGCGUCAGGGUGACGGGCGGGGAGCUGUUGGAGCGGAUUCUGGAGAGGGGGAGCUACGCGGAGAACGACGCCCGUCCUGUGAUCCAGCAGGUCCUGGACGCAGUCAGAUACCUCCACCAGCUGGGCAUCGUGCACAGGGACCUGAAGCCUGAGAACCUGCUGUACGAAAGUCCUGGAGAAGACUCCAGAAUCCUCAUCAGUGACUUUGGCCUUUCCAAAAUGGAAGAACAAGGAGUUCUGUCCACCGCCUGUGGGACCCCUGCUUAUGUGGCUCCAGAGUUUCUUCAGCAGAAAACCUAUGGCAGAGAGGUGGACCUGUGGGCCAUCGGGGUCAUCUCCUACAUACUGCUCUGCGGCUAUCCUCCGUUUUACCAUGACAACGACACACAGCUCUACCGGCAGAUCGUAGAGGCGGAGCACGAGUUUGAUUCGCCGUACUGGGACAGCAUCUCUGAGUCAGCCAAAGACUUCAUAUCACACUUACUGCAAAAAGACCCAGAUACACGAUACAACUGUGAACAGGCCUUACAGCAUACUUGGAUCUCCGGUGGGGAAGUGCUGGAGAGGAACAUUCACAGCUCUGUCAGUGAACAGAUCCAGGAGAACUUCGCCAGGAGCCAGUGGAAGGUGAGAUAAGUACCCCCCCCCCCCCCGGGGGGGACCGGGGCAGAGGCGGAG